AUGGGAUGGUUUCACCACGCAGUGCCCAUGGGGGAUUUAGAGGUCCUCCUAGAUUCCUCCAUCAUUUCAACUGUAGCCAACUGUUGUCAUGACUAUGUUUUGAAUAUAUUCACGCUCACCAGCCACAUCUACCAGGAAUACAGCCACAGUCCAGACGAGGAGAAUAGUGAUCAGCCAUCAGAAACUGACAGUGACAAAUGGAGAGCCAUCAUCAAAGCUGAUGCUCUUGUAACUACACGAGAAGUGGCCCAAGAAGUCAACGCCAGCCAUCCUGUGGUCACAGCGUCUGAAGCAAAUUGGAAAGGGGAAAAAGCUUGA